CCUGAGGAGGACCAUAUAAGGCCUAAGAAAUCAUUUGAUCUGGCCCUGCCAAGGCAUUACUGGGCACAAAGUUGUAGCAGUACCAACAAGAAGUAUGUCUUGAGGAUAUGAAAGAUGGCAAGUCCAGAUAGAAGUAAACGGAAGAUAUUAAAAGCCAAAAAAACAAUGCCUGCCAGUUGCCGGAAACAAAUAGAGAUCCUCCAUAAGUCAAAGAAUGUUGAAGCACUGAAAACAGCAGCAAUUGGGAAUAAUGUGUCAAGUGAUAAUCAGAAUUCAAGUGUUGUCAUAAAUAACAAAUGUAGAGAUUCUGAAAAUGAUGUUUCCUCAUUGGACUCUAAUAAAAAUUCAGCGUGCUCACAAAAAAGUGAAGUAUCUUCUCAGAAUUCAAUAAAACCACUAGAAAUUGAUUUGGAAACAAGAUCGCAAUCCACUGAAGAACAAGCUGUAUGCCCUUACCAAAAGCCAAGUAAACCAAUAGAAUCUCCCAGGAAUCUGUCUACACAAGAGGCAAAAGAUUCACAAAACACUUCUGAAAACUGUAACAAGGCAAAUGUAAUAAGAUCCUGUUUUGAACAACAGGAAGAGGAUUGUAAUCUGAAAUCCACUAGUAACCAACAGAGUGUAUUGAGUAGUGUAGUUCAAAUGUCAAAUUCUGCAGUAAUCAAUACCUUGGAUAAAAGAGUUUCCCAUUUAGAAACAAACUCCAAUUCUGCAUCGCAUGAUAAAAGGCAAAAUGACAUUUUGAUUUUAAGUUCAGACAACCAUUUUGUGCCUGUUGAUAAAAUUUCUACGGCAGUAAAUUCAGUCAUUUAUAGUAACUGUACUGCUGACAGUUUGAAAAGUGAAGACUCCUAUAGAACCUAUCAUUCUAUCAUUUCAAAUGGUGAAAAUACAGAAUCAACAUGGCUGUCAUCACUUGACACAGAUAGUAAUAACAGCCAUAAUCAUAAGAAGAGGAUGUUUUCAGAAAACAAAGAAAAUGUUAAGCGCCUGAAAACUUCAGAGCAAAUUAAUGAAAAUUUUUGUGUAGCUCUGGAAAAGCAAACAGCAUUGCUGGAACAGGUCAAACAUUUGAUUCAACAGGAGAUCUAUAGUAUACAUUACAAACUAUUUGAUAACAAACUAAAAGAAUUGACUGAACGCAUUGGGAAGACACAGUGCAGGAAUAAACAUGAAGCAAUAGCUGAUGAACUCUUCGCAAAAAUAGCACAACUUCAAAGACGUAUUAAAAAAGUAUUGUUAUCUGAAAGGAAUUGUUUGGAACCAAACAUGUCAUCUAAUAAUACAUCCUUUAAGGUUGCAAAUUCAGAGACUCUGAAUUUGGAUAAGAACCCAGUUAAUACUCUAGAUGAAAGAAAGGCUCCUGUGAACUCUGGACCUUCCAACCCUUCAGAAAAAGCAAUUGAAAAGAUCGAUUUGUCACAGGAUCAUGAUGAGGCUGUUUCUGAAAGUAACGAUGAUGUUCUGUUGAUUUCUGUGGAGAAUCCUAAUUUGACAACACCAAUUACAUCAAAUCUAACAGAUACUGGAAAAAUUACAUCAGGAAAUUUUAAUUCAUCUAAUGCUGUUACUGAAGUUAUGGCUGUAGAGGAAAAGAGUCUUGAUUUUGUGAUUGAUCUGACUAAAGAAGGUCUAUCAAACUGCAACACAGAAAGUUCAGUAUCCAUGCUGGAGUCAUAUAUGAAAUCUGUGUCAAUCUCAAAAGAGACAACACCAAUGGCCCAAAAUGAAACCCAGGUUCCUGAGUCCUUUGAGCAUCUGCCACCUCUCCCAGCACCACCACAAUCACUACUGGAUCCGGUAGACAAAGUUCGAGACACACUUCCUCCCCAGAAGACUGAGCUCAAAGUGAAACGGGUGCUGAGACCCAGGGGCAUUGCCCUGACUUGGAACAUCGCCAAGAUCAAUCCUAAGUGUGCUCCUGUGGAAAGCUACCACCUCUUCCUGUGCCAUGAGAACCCUGGUAUUAAGUUAAUUUGGAAGAAAGUUGGAGAAAUUAAAGCUUUACCACUCCCAAUGGCCUGUACUUUAUCUCAGUUUUUAGCUUCUAACAGAUAUUAUUUUGCACUCCAAUCAAAAGACAUUUUUGGGCGAUAUGGACCAUUUUGUGAUAUAAAAGCUAUCCCUGGAUUUUCUGACAUUCUUACAUAAAAGAAAAGACUUCAAUAAUUAUAUAUUGUACUACAUUUUGUUUUUUUUCAUAUUUAAGUUUUAUUUACAAUGUUCUUCUAACACUAUUUGCUAUCUUAAGGGCCAGUUAAGAUUGUGAACCCUUUGUGUAGGGACAGUCCUCUUCCCUAUGUCGUAAUGGCCUCUAGUUUCAUGAAUUUCUAAUUCAAUAAGUACUUCCCAUGGAUAUGUUUCAAAACAUACACUAUCAUGGAUCCAUGUCAUUAAGCUGUGCUGGGUACAGUACUUUUGGUGACGAUGGAGCUGCUGCUAUCAGAAACCCUAGGAUACAAGCAGCCACUAUUUCCUCUGUUAACAACCAGCUUUUGGUGACCUGCUUGUGGUCAGUAUAGGUACAGGAAAAUCAGCUCUUAACUCAGGACAGAUCAUCCCUGGGGUGCAUCUCCACCAAGAUUUUAUGAAAAUAAAUGUCUUUGCAUUCUUUUGAAAUUCUAAGAGCUAAUAGUUUGUGUCCCUCCCUGUUUUUUCUUACACAAAUCAUUUGGGGAAAUAGUCUGGAGAUUUUCCCCAAAUCUGUAUACUUACAUGUAUAUAAUAAACUUAGUUAAGCAUUGUGUGCUGUAUACACAAAACAGUAUCUUUUAUAAAAGCAUUAUCCAACCCAUUAUUUCAGUUGAGAAAAAUGGAAUUGUCUGCCUUAGAUUUAAGGCUUUAAUUUGCUGAUUCCCUAUUGCUACCCAUAUUUUCUCAUUCCUGGUUGCCAUUAUUACUUGAAGAAACGACAUAACACUAGGGACUCCAGCAGAUGUGUCCUGUGCAGACCUCUACCUGAGGGAGCACUGAGGUGAAGCUGUGACCAGCAUAUGUAGCCCAGCGAACUCAAAAAAUGAACAGACUUGUAAGUAUAAGUCAAGGCUCAGUGGGACAAACUGUGGGAUGCUGAGGAAACAGAAAACUGUUCGUGUGAAAGUCUAUUGAAGAGAUACAUUCUUUCCUGGUACCUGGUGAAUGUUCAGGUCUCAGCGGGGCUGAGAUUUUAAAAACUGAACAGGAAAUAGUUUUCCUUGGUAUUCUGUGAAUGCCUUUACAUUUUCAGUCAUAAAUAAAGCUGUUACUUUAAA